AUGUACGGUAGCGUAUAUACAAUAUGGCUACCAAAACCUUUCGUUGUCAUAACAGACUACGAGCUCAUCAAGGAAGCAUUUGCCAAGAAAGGUGAUGAAUUCGCCGGAAGACCACAAGGUUAUCCCCACGAUUUCUUUGAUUUUGUACAUAAUGGAGGUGUAAUAAGAUCGCAGGGCGAAAACUGGAAAGAGCAACGUCGAACUUCCUUGCAUAUUCUCAGAGAUUUUGGCAUGGGAAAGAAUCUUAUGGAAGAACAGGUUUUACUCUCAGCUCAAGAGUUUCUCGCUCACUUGGCUUCCAUUAAAGACAAAGAAGCAAUGGAUCUACGCCAUCCAAUACAGGUCUUCAUUGCAAACAUCAUCAACAAGACAUUGUUUGGAUUCAGCUACGAAUAUGACAAAAGCGAUCGUCUGAUGAAUACUGUAGAUCAAUUACAACAAUUUUUUGAUGACGUUAAGGACAGCAGAAUCAUGUUUUUUAUACAGAAAUUUCCAUGGCUAGAACACAUACCUAUGAUCAACUAUCUAGCCAGAGAACGAUUUGCACAAAGGGUUGAUGUUGUAAAAAAUAAUGUCACAGAGGAUGUGGAGCGUUGCCUGGAGACUUAUAGCGUCGACCAAGAGCCAGAAUGUCUGGUACACGCCUACUACCAGAGAAUGCAGCAAAAUUCAAAUUUAGAUUACCGCAAUCUUCUCAGCAUAUGUAUGGAUUUUUUUGUUGCUGGAAUGGAAACGACAUCGACAACAUUGCGUUGGGGAUCACUAUUUUUGGCUGCGAACAUUGAUGUGCAGGAUAAAAUUCGAGCUGAAAUCAUGAGCGUAUUGGGACCAGAUGGAAAACCUAGCACAUCCUUACGAAGCAGAAUGCCGUAUACCUGGUAUGGUGAUGACUUUAAAGAAAAUCAACAGCGCUAUUUUGCAAUAAUUUAA